AUGAUGGCAGAAUUUGAGAAGGGCGAAGUUACGGCCCUGAAACGGCAAAGACCUUGGGUUUGGCAAAUUUCGGCUCAGGUAGGGCGUUCUGCCGAAGUUGUGACGAACUACUCGGUUCACUCGGAAGUCCUCAACACAUCUAAACGUUCUGGCAAAAAAGGUUCACCACCGCGGCAGAAUUAAGGCAGAGAAAUCCGCCGAGCUUCCAACUCCACCUUCUCUGGGUAUCAUAUACAUAGAGCAAGAAACAGGUCUCAAUUGUAGCAGCAUGGCUAUGCUAAAGGCCCUGGGACACAGCGGUGUCAUCACUGGACGUCAUGUAAAAUCAUGCUUCAAGCUGGCCUAGGUUCGGUAAGCGCGCGACCGAAAUUGGCCAAGGUGAGACUUUGACAAAACAGGUCCUCCAACAUUACGGCACGGAAAGUAACGCGGUUCUCUUCUGAUAUAAUGACAGUGAUAUGUGCUAUGUGUGAAAGCGUCGAGGAUAUCGGCUGGCCAUGCAAUCUCCAAGGAAUUCCUUACUGCAACGAUGAUAAACCUACCCUUGACUACUCAACCUGUUUUGUCAAAGGCACCUUGGCCAAUUUCGGUCGCGCACUAACCGAACCUAACCAUCUGGGGGAACGACGUCAUAUGACGUCCAGUGAUGACAUCGCUGCGUCUUAGGGCCCUCAGCAUAGCUAUCCUGCUACAAUUGAGACCUAUUUCUUGCUUUAUAUGAGACCCAGAGAUGGUGGAGUUGGAAGCUCGGCGGAUUUCAUUGCCUUGACUCCGCCGCUAUGGUAAACCUUUUUCGCCGGAACGUUUAUGUGUGUUGAAGACUUCCGAGUGAACCGAGUAGUUCGUCACAACUUCGGCAGAACGCCCUACCUGAGCCGAAAUUUGCCAAACCCAAGGUCUUUGCCGUUUCAGGGCCGUAACUUCGCCCUUCUCAAAUUCUGCCACCAUUUUUCCUCGUAGCAUGACAGAAGGACCCCUAAGGAUACCACUAAGCCCAAUUACUUACUUUGCUUCAGCACCAACGGCUAGAGAAUUGCAAAAUAUUGCGCGAAUUUAUAAUUUUGUCGCAAAGGAAAUCACCAAAAUUUCGGUUUUUUCAACUUUUUUCCAAAUUGUGGAAACUUUCCAAAAUAAUUUUUGGGCACAAGAUUUACAGUACAUUAGUACAUAUUGGAGCCAAAUAUGGCACAAUUUCAUUGACAACCACAAAAGUUACAGCGAUUUAUAAAGUGCAUUUAUAAUUUUGUCGAGCAGUGUAUGCCACAAAACCAUGGUAUGUUGACAUUUUUUAAUAAUUUUUGUUCCUCCGCGGACAAAAUCCAUGGUUACGCAAUUUUUCUGAGUUUUUGAAUUUUUUUGAAACGACCACAAAUUUGAUGGUGAUGAGAGUGGGUAUGUCACUAUCGUAUAAUUACAAGGGUGUUGUGCCAGUAACCUGACCGAUUAUGAUUACUGGAGGAUAAUUCAAUUUACAAGGGCCUAUAAAUAUACAUUUUAUCAAAAAAAUACGAAGAUAAAAUUGUAAAAUCGGCCAAAGACACUAUUGCUGACACACUGGACCAACCAUUGGUAAGGCUAGGACAUAAGAAAUUUUCGUUUGUGAAUGACCACGACGAUCAUAUAAAUGUAUUUCCAAAGCUUUUUGCUCCAAUUUUCCCUUUAACCUAGUUUUAUUUACAAUUUACUGUAACUAGCAGUAAUGUCUAAUAACAUAUAACCGAGGAUUGGUAAAGCCAUAAAACGACCGUGAUAGACGUUUUUGGAUACCAGGAAAUUAAUGAAGACGAUUUCAAACCGCCAGGAUUACUGUAAUAUAAGGAACCGGCGUUUUGGCCGCAUAUAACCCCUUUCAAAAAGCUGUCGUAUCUAUGCCCUAAGGUAAUUUAGGCCGCUAUUUUUUUUGCGCUGUGCACUAUUUUUAAUGCUCUUUCAAAUUAUAUAGGUUUCGUUAAGAAAGCAGGUUACAACUAUUUGCCGAUCCCUUGUAAGAUAAGUCUGUGAAAAUUUUUUUUGUAAAAAUUAAUAAUUUCUUUAUAAAAAAAUUUUAAAAUAUUUAAAAAAAAAAUAUUUUAAAAUUUAAAAAAUCGCCAUAACGUCAGAGUACUGAAGUCAAAUCGGAUGAAACUUUGCAUAGCGUAUUCUCAAAGGUUGGUUAACACUUGUGUAAAAUUUCAUGGCAUUUGAGAAAAAACCCCCCGAGAUACGAUCAAAAAAUGGGGUGGAACCAAAAACCUGGGACGCACUGUAUGUCUAUUUGCAGACAUCGCGCAUUAUAUGUCAGAUUUGAUUUCUCCACCGCAAUGGAAACCACCAAGAAGUGUACGGAGGGGUUCGAUGUAGUCAAGCUGAAAAGUGGGAUGAAACUCGUCGUCCCGGUGAGUUGUUUGACUCUUUGAGUUUGACUUGUAUUAUAAUAUAUAAUGUAUAAUGAUUUUUUUUCAGAAAAUCAUUGAUAAUGCCGAGGUGAAGCGGAUGGUCGCCCAAGGCGAAUUCGGAGCAUUUUACGAAUACGAAUACAAGGGGACAUCGUACUGGUACAAGUUGGAGGCAAAGCUAGGCCCCAAAUACAAGCAACCGCUCGCCUGCGAGAGCGGCGUCUACCAGCUGAUGGACAAGAAUUCCAAGAGCCCAGACAAACAGUAAGUUGGAUGACCCCAAAACCGUUUGUUUCAGAUUCAUCUACAUUGGCAGCAUGCUCAGCAGCUGCCAAUUUUCUGAAGGCGUCUACUGCAUGCGGGUCGAAAAUUAUGGCCCGAACAUUCGCGAGAUGCGCCAAGGACAACUCAUGGCUCCGUUCGAGGCGCAAAAACUCUUCUUCCAGUUGCUUUACUGCAUGAAAGCGCUGAUCAACUACGGGAUUUGCCAUAGGUACAUCAAGGAGAGCGCAUUCUACGUCAAGAAAGACCGAAAUAGGUAUCGGGUGAGUGCAUGUUGAGUUUGUAUUCUCCCUAAAACUUUUUUUCUACUCCCGAUGCGAAAAGAUUUCAAAAUUUUGUUGAAUUUUCCAAAAAAUUCUUUUUUUCCCAGUCCCGAAGCGAAAACACUUCAAAUUUUUUUCAAAUUUCACAAAAAAUCCUUUUUUUUCAAGUCCCGGAGCGAAAACAUUUCAAAUUUUAUUCAAAUUUCACAAAAAUUUUUCUUGCAGUUCGUCAUUACUGACUUCGGAUAUGCAAUUCGCAUCGGCUCGGAACGCUCGGCGUUCUAUCCAAUCCCCGAAACGGCAACCACUCACAUCCACGCGAAGAAGGCGUUGAAGUCGGAGGACACGGAGAGCCUUCUCUACAUGGUAUUGGGCAUGAUGGCUCCUCUGCCUUGGGCGGGAAUGAAAAAAAUUGAGGAAGUCACGAAGGUCAAGUUAGAGUGUACCGACGAGAACUCGAUUCCCGAAGAAUUCUUCGACAUCAAGGAGGCUGUGACCUUGUGUCUCAUGAGGGGGCUCUACACGGAUGAUUUGGAGAUGGAAAACGUGGCCACGGGCAUCCUCAGAUAUUACUUUUUGGUAUGUGGAAUUUAAUUUUUUUUACAUGCGAAUUGGUUUUUAAGCGCAUUUUAUAUUUUGAAAAACUUUCAGGUCGGACCGUUGGACGAGCUCCAUCUUCCUGUGCGUUUCCCCAAUUAUCAUUUCAAGUUGAUGGGCACGUUCAAGUCGUAUGACUAUUAA